AUGGUAGGUAAUGAAGAGCGUCUGGUGAUAAAAACCGCAAGGCCCAAUCUUUCUAAUAUGACUCAGGCUAUUGUGAAGCCAGAUGUACUUCGCAAAAUUCCAAAGUAUGCUAAGUAUAUCAAAGAUAUAGUAUCUCACAAGAGGAUAUUGAAUGAAUUUGAGACAGUCACACUUAUUCCGGAGUGCGCUUCAAGGGUCCAAAACAAGCUUCCACAAAAUCUUAAGGAUCCUGACAGCUUCACCAUCCCUAUGCGGAUUGGUAAUAUCGAUGUGGGUCGCGCUCUUUGUGAUUUGGGGGCAAGCAUAAAUCUGAUGCCCUUGUGCAUAUUCAAGCAAUUGGGUCUGGGAGCUCCAAGACCAACCAUUGUGAUGUUGCAACUAGCUGGUAGAUCCAUAGCCUACCCUGAAUGA